AAGGCCCUCUCCACAUAAAAAAACAUGGAGGCUUGUGCAGAGAAGCCGUGGUGUCCUGCUCCUCACAGACUACAUGCUGCCAUCUCCACUUCUAAAGCCUCCAAAUGAGACAACUACGGCCAGGUUCUACACGUGGAAGCUUCAAACACUGUCACGUUGGGUUGUGCUGCCCCUGCCUGCACCGAACAAAGAUAAUUACUCAGGAAACAUUUCGGCCAAUCACAGGCGGCCUUGCAUCCAGCCUGCGAGGAGAGCGACCAGUCAGGAUCCGGCUAACAUCACUCGGGCCUGAACGCCUCGCCUGAAGAGCGGAGCCUUUCCCCCCGGCUGAGAGUGUCCUCCAUGUUUCAUAAGUGUUGACAUAACAGUGUGUCAGGCAGCCAUGCAUCCACAGAGGUACUGCUUGCAGAGGGGGAUCCUGUCAGUGCUUCCUCGGCUCUCUGGAAUAUGUUCCCACAAUCUGCUGCGGAUUUAUUUGCCUAACUCUCCCUGUGUGAUGGAUCACAGCUCCUGAUCCGAGCGUGUCCUCUGGACCAGCAUACACCUUUUUCUUUUUUCUUUUCUUUUUUCUUUUUGCUUCCUCCGUGUCGGUCACCCCGGCAGAGUGGCAGCAGUGUGUUGCCUCUUGAGCGCGUGUGCACGUCGUUCAGUGUUGUGGCACUUUGUCCCCGGAGCUCUGCCUGGUGGACGUUCUCUGCUUUCAGGGCUGUGGCACACGUAGCAGAGCGGCUCGCUUUCAGAGGGCCUCGUUUGUUCACCCAGUCCGGAACAGGAAGGCCCCAGGAGGGGGGUGUGUGUGUGCGUGUGUGUGUGUGUGUGUGUGCGUGUGUGCCAUAUUUUUAAAGAAACUCUGCGGCCAUGUUUGACUUUUUUCUUUUCAGGCUGAGGAAUUGAUGCAUUUCUUCUUUUUUUAAGUUUCACUCUGAUGGUCCGAGAGAACAAGGACUGUAUUCAGAAGAGCCUUGAAGUGUCGGUAUCUGUCUGGCUGAGGAGGAGAUAAAGACAGAGUCCGAUGUGGUAGAGGGGAUGGACGCAGCUGCACGAUCCAAGGUGGCGGAUCCUCCGGGGUCAGCAGAACGGGCGGCGGCGCCGCCACAGAAGAGAAAGGCGUCCAGUCCGACCCAUUCGUCCAACGGGCACUCUCCCUCGGACACCUCGCCCAGCCCCCUCAAGAGGAAGAAGAAGCCCGGCGCCGUCAACUGUCACAGCAAAGACCAGUCAGAGCUAAGACAUGGCCCCUUUUACUAUAUGAAGCAGCCGGCCCUCACCACAGACCCUGUUGAUGUCGUACCCCAGGACGGCAGGAACGACUUCUACUGCUGGCUGUGCCACCGCGAGGGCCAGGUGCUCUGCUGUGAGCUCUGCCCCAGGGUGUACCACGCCAAGUGCCUCAAACUACCAGCCGAGCCCGAGGGCGACUGGUUCUGUCCAGAGUGUGAGAAAAUAACAGUUGCCGAAUGCAUCGAAACGCAGAGCAAAGCAAUGACGAUGUUGACAAUAGACCAGCUCUCCUACUUGCUCAAAUUUGCACUUCAAAAGAUUAAACAGCCUGGGACUGAGCCUUUUCAGAAACCAGUGUCUCUGGAACAGCACCCGGAUUAUGCAGAGUACAUUUUCCACGCCAUGGACCUAUCCACUUUAGAAAAGAAUAUCAAAAAGAAAAUGUAUGGCUGCACUGAAGCCUUCCUUGCUGACAUGAAAUGGAUCUUACACAAUUGCAUCAUCUAUAAUGGAGGUGACUAUAUUUCAGGUAAUCACAAAUUAACAGCAACCGCAAAAGUCAUCGUCAAGAUUUGUGAACACGAGAUGAAUGAGAUUGAGGUGUGUCCAGAGUGCUACCUGUCUUCAGUCCAAAAAAGGGACAACUGGUUUUGUGAGCCAUGUAGUCCACCCCACCCUCUGGUCUGGGCCAAGCUCAAGGGCUUUCCGUUCUGGCCAGCGAAAGCACUUCGGGACAAGGACGGGCAGGUAGACGCGCGCUUCUUCGGGCAGCACGACAGGGCCUGGGUCCCCAUCAACAACUGCUACCUCAUGUCCAAAGAGAUCCCUUUCUCCGUGAAGAAGACCAAGAGCAUUUUCAACAGUGCCAUGCAGGAGAUGGAGGUUUACGUGGAGAACAUUCGCAAGAAAUUCGGGGUGUUCAACUACGCGCCCUUCCGCACCCCCUUCACACCCAACAACCAGCUCCAGAUGCUGCUGGACCCCUCCAACCCCGGCGCCGGCACCGUGAAACACGAGAAACCGGACAAGCUCCGCUUCAACUUUGACAUGACGGCGUCCCCCAAGAUGGUCCUCGGCAAGACUUCCACGCCGAGCGGCAUGGGUCGUAGGGUCUCGAUGACGGACAUGCCCCGGUCCCCCGCCAGUACCAACUCCUCGGUCCACACGGGGUCCGAUGGGGAGCAGGACACGGAAAAGCCCGGCAGGAAUCCGGCCUUCCACUACAGCACCGGAGAGGAAUCAAUGGACUGUACCGCAUCUCCGGUCUCGGGGAAGACUGGUCCUGCAGGCAACGCGUCAGGCAGCCCGAAGCCCUUUAACCCGGGACUGGUGCCCAAGCAGGAGAGGGCCGCCGGCACAGGUGGCAUCCUCAAUCUAAACCUGGAUCGGGUGAAGGCUGAGAUGGACCUGAAGGAGCUGAGUGAGACCGUGCAGCAACAGCAACAGCAAAAUCAGCAGCAACAAGGAGCGUCUGCUUCCCUUCCCACCCCAAAGAGACCCAUCAGGAGCCUGGACAAGACCAUUGAGAGCUGCAAGGCACAGCUCGGGAUAGACGAGAUCUCUGAAGACGUGUACAAAGGUGUGGAUCAUAGCGACUCGGACGACUCUGAGAAAUCCGACUCGAGUGACAGCGAGUAUCUCAGUGACGAGGAGCACAAGCCAAAGAACCCGACCCAGGACGAGCACGACAAGGCCGACCGGAAAAGGCCCAAAGCAAACACGGACGGAGAGAACAAGGAGGGGGUUGCGGGGAAAGCGGCUAAAGCCGCCUCGGAACCUCAACCCAAAGACAAGCAGGGCGCCGGGGUCCCCGACCGGGGCCCCCAGGAUAAGCCGAGAAUGCCCCUGACGCAGCCCCCAGCCGACAAACCCAAAGCCCUAGAGGAGGGUCGAGCAGCCGCGGCUGCCGCGGCGGAGCAGGACUCUGAUUCUGAGAGGGAGCUGGUGAUCGACCUGGGAGAUGAACACGGGGGGCGGGACUCCAAGAGGGCGAGGAGAGAGCCGGGAGCCACAGCGGCUAAAACCGUCAAAGAGCCCAAUGUUGCCAAGCUGGAAGGUAAAGCGCCUUCAUCUGCUGCAGCGUCAGCCGCUCCGUCCCGGGAGUCCGCCCCUGACCCCAAGGAAACUUUGCAGCACGCCAUCCCGGCGGCCCUCAACCUGGUUUCCUCCGCGGCCUCUGCUCAGCCCGCUGCCACCACGGCAACCAGCGGCUCCCCCGGCGCCCCGUCCCCGGCCUCCGCCUCGGUCUCCGCCACGUCCCCGGUGCCCGCGGCCGCCAAGAAGCAGCGCCCCCUGCUGCCCAAGGAGGCCGCUCAGGCCGUGCAGCGGGCGGUGGUUUGGAAUCCGACCAAGUUCCAGACGUCGUCUCAGAAGUGGCACAUGCAGAAGGUGCAGCGGCAGCAGCAGCAGCAGCAGCAGGGAGAGCAGUCGCCGGGGGAGGCGGCGGCCCAGAGCCCGGAGACGCGCAGCCCCAAGCAGCUGGCGUCCCAACAGCAGAACUCCUCGAGCAGCCGCUAUCAGACCAGACAGGCCGCCAAGGGUCAAAAAGACGUGCCCCAGGGUGCUUCCUCCUCGUUGGCCGCUGCCCAGGCCCCGACUGGCGGCUCCUCGUCAGGAGACGUGCAGAUCCCUACAGGCUCAGCGGAGGUGGCUGCGGAUAUAGCCAAGUACACAAACAAAAUGAUGGACACGAUCAAAGGGACAAUGACCGAAAUCUACAACGAUCUUUCCAAAAGCACAUCAGGAAACACAAUUGCAGAGAUUCGACGGCUAAGGAUCGAGAUCGAGAAGCUCCAGUGGCUGCAUCAGCAGGAGUUGUCCGAGAUGAAGCACAAUCUCGAGCUGACCAUGGCCGAGAUGAGGCAGAGCCUGGAGCAGGAGAGGGAGCGCCUGGUGGCUGAGGUGAAGAAGCAGACGGAGGUGGAGAAGCAGCAGCUGGUGGACGAGACCAAAAAGAAACAGUGGUGCGCCAACUGCAGGAAGGAGGCCAUCUUCUAUUGCUGCUGGAACACCAGCUACUGUGAUUACCCCUGCCAGCAGGCCCACUGGCCAGAACACAUGAAGUCCUGCACACAGUCAGCCACGGCGCCGCAGCAGGACCCAGAAGGGGAGUCCAACUCGGACCCUUCGGCCAAAACGUUGAGCCUCUCCCCCCCCAAGCAGAGCCUGCCCUCCGGAGCCGGGCCCUCGGCGGACAAAAGCAACCCGCCGGCGUACACCGACAAGAGCAAGGACGGCGCCGGCGUCACUGUGACCUAACGGCGACACUACACGGAAUCUGGCGCCCCCCCCCCCCCCCCCCCUUUGCUGCGGGGUCAAACCUGGUGCUUGAAGGCCUGCGGCGUUGCGACACACACCGUUUUUGUGCUCUUUCCAUUCCCAUGUGUGUGCGUCUGUCUGCUGCACUUCUUUUGUUGCUGUUGUUGUUGUUGUCGUUCCAUCUCUCAUUCGCAGUUUUCACACAAGUCGCUUGGGUGGAUUCACAAUGUGAAAGUAAUGUGUUGAGAAAUAAAAUGUGAGGUUGUAUGUUUGCAUUCUGUAGUUUUGUUGUAGCUCUGUUACCACUUUGUUUCACGUCUGAACAAGAUUGUAUCGACCCACAGAAUAUUUACUUUCCAAUGCUGCUCUUAAGUACUUACUUGCUGUAUCAUUUAGUGGAUUUAUCUCAAUAUUGUGAGACAAAACACCACCAACAGUUGCUUUUCAUUCAUUAUGGUGCCAUGAGAAGUAUGUUGAGUUAUGCAAGUUUCAUCUUUGUCCACUUAUUGUCAAAUGAGAUAUUUUUGUUAAUGCAAGUCAUGCAGUAAUGCAAUAUGUAACGUUUUCAACUUUGUCAGCGGGGGCAUUUUUGGCUCAUACCAACUUUGUUUUGUUGUUAAACAUUGUAUAGACCUACAUAAAACAAAUUUGUGAUUUAUAAGAAGAAAAAUUACUGAAAAAUGUCAACUGUACAGUUUUUGUAAGAAAAUACCUGAACAAUAUUUAUAGUGUUAUGUUUUUAUAGUAUGUUUGUUUAUAGUGUGUCUUAAAAAAGAAGAAAAAAACAUGGAAAAUAAAUUACUUCAGAUGAAUGUCAGCUCUAAGUGAAGCUUCUGUUUAACUUGUGAUCCAAAUCUGGCCUAAAGACUUAGAAAUGGUCAGGAAUAAAUAGAAACUGCAUUCUGGCCGAGCAUGAUGUCCUGUGCGCAUGUCUGAAUUGAGUUUGUGUUCGUGUUUACAUAUUGUACAUACAAUAAAUGGACUCGUGGAGAAAACAAAGUGGUCCGAUCACGA